UGAGACACUUUCAUCACUUUCAUCUGAUGGUUGUACAACACCCACGGAGUUGAAUAAUUCUUGGUCUGGAAUAAACAGCUAUACUACUAGUUUGUCUACUGAAAGAAGUUCAGUUUACUCCUGGAGGGACGAUGAAUUCGAUAAAGCCAACACUCAGAGAGUGCAUCAGUUGUUUUGGGAGAUUGAUGAAAUGCUGUUUGAAGGAAAAGUGACCUCUCAAACAGAGCACCUGCAGGCAGAAUGUGCAGAUUGGGUGGAACAAUUUCCUCAUAUAAGGGGUUUAGGAAAGCAGCUUCUAGUGCCAAAGGAUGAAGGCUUUCAGCAUUUUCAGAGCAGAAAUGAUGCCCAUGUAGAUACUAAGUGUGUGCCUGGCCUCCUUGAAUGUACUGGUCAUAUAAAAGAGCUCUGCAUUUCAGGCUCUAAACUGAUUCCAACAGCAUCUCCAAUACAUACAUCACUGGAUUCAAGUUCCACUAGUAUUUCUGCUUUAGACUCAGCCAUAUAUUCUUUCCUGGAGGAAGAAAUUUAUGAUGAGGAUGGAAAAAUAGAGGAGUAUCUUGCCUUUGACGACAAGGAACUUGAGGAUGAGAUUUGGGAACAAAAGAAAAUGCGUCUUUCUGAGAAGAGGUGUAAGCGUGGCAUUCCCCCUGUUUCUCCCAAUGCCUGUAUCAAAGAUGCUGUGGCUUCUGAAGUAUUUGAUCAUAUCUGGAGCAAUGUCAUUGGAAUAUUGGAGGAACUGAUUAAAAAAAAUUGGGAAACUAGUAUCCCAGAGUGUGACCAACAAAUAGAAAAACUGAAAACUGUUACAGCAAAACUGCAGCAUUCAGUCAUUCAUAUUACAGCAGAUGCUGGGACCAUUCCUCUUUCCAGAGGCUCUGAAGCACGAAGUGUAUCUUUUGGGGCUCAUUCUGUUUCAUCACAGGUUCACCGUUUCUCCAGCAACCUCUGUAGUGAUCUGAACGGUGUGAUGACAAUUCAAGCAAUACCACUCCAACAGAGGCAUGCUGCCACUGCAGAAAAAAUACAGAAUCAGCAAGAAGACAAACAAUAUAGCAUUGCCUCCAGCACUCCAAAUUCAGCACAUGCUAGGGCAGGGAAAAUUUCUGAUAGCAAUGUUCUCUCAUCAUCUCCAGCUCUGCUGGCAUCUUCUAGAAAACUACCAAGGAUACCUUCUCUCACCUCUGACCAACCCGGCUCAGAAGUUCCUAAUAUGUCCAAUGAUGAAAUCUGUAAAGGGACAAAAUUGGUUGGCAGCUGGGAUCGUUUGUCUCCUGCUCGUGCGCUGGCAACCCGGAACAAGUUACCACCAAUAAAUUCUGAGGGUGUUGAACAAUAUGGUUCAGUACCUCGAAAGCAACAGAGCUCUCAUCAAGAACGAGAUACUCAUAACAGAGUGUCAAGUGCAGUAGCUGGCAGGACAGAGCACCAGCCAUUCAGAGAAAGAACUGCUACUGUCGCUCAAUUUUCAAGACCAAACACAACUCAUACGUUCAGGAGGGACACACCUCAGAAGAAGUCACUGACUCCUGUGGAUUUUGCUAACCAUAGAAGAACCAGUCAAGGAUUUUUGAUAACAGGUUCACAGAAUUACUCCAGAUCCUUUCAGAGAAAUCCUCCAACCUCAAGGAAGAGAUUUCAGGUUGCUUCUUAACCAGUUUUAGGAAAAAACUCUCUGCACUGAAUGAAAGACUGAAGCACUAAAUUUGCCAUUUAAUAUCUUGUGUAACAAAGAAGGUGUGUAUAUGCUGGUGUCUGCUGAGUCUUGAAAUCCUCAGGAUGCCUGUAUUACUUUCUUUUAAAAUUAUUUGACCGGAGGUUAGAUUAAAAAUUAGAGCAAAAUGAAAUAAAUAGUUGAGGUGUCUGCUCUGUUUGCAGUAUCAA